AUGCCGGUGAAGCACUAUUUUUUCGGCCACCGCGAAGUACCGGCCACGAGCCCUGAUCGACGGCGUGAUCCCGGAGGAUCACCCGGAGACUUUGGCCCUUCUAUUAAACACAACGUGCCUGCAGUCCCCAGGGCCGAUACAGCUACACCGGGCCACAAACAGACGCUGAUGUGCCCGGUGCUUCUUCCGUCUGCCAGGCCACCCCAACGUCUUCAAAAUCGUCAAAGGCCGCAGCCACCGCCGCCCAUCCCAAUGCCAGGACAACGGGGCCCACUGGGCCAGCAGGCGCCGCAGGAUGCGCACCCCCACGGAGCGGCGGCGCAUCCACCGCCCGGUCAGGCGUACCUCCUGGUGCCGAGGCGCCGGCCCAGGCAGCCACCACGACCACCACCGCCGUCGCCCGAGCAACCGCAGGAGGCCAUGGAUGUCGACCCAUAA